AUGGCUCCCUCACCAACGAAAAUCUGCAACGACUCACUCGAAGGACGAGUAUGUCCUCGAGGAUCAGCUUGCAAGUUACGACACGAUAUCGUUAAGUGUUCUUGCGGCUUGAUACUACGACAGCUUGACUUUCGCAGUCAUGUCAAAGGCAAGCGACAUUCCCAACUCUCUCGUCAAGCUGCCAGUAGUGGUCGUUCAGUGCCUCCCAUCGUUGAAGAGACAGGACCUGCUCCGAAUGCUAGCGCCUCUCCCUCUGAAUCUGCAUCUAGCACUCGUUGCACUCGAUGCAGAAAACAUGUUCCACAGUCGCAGUUGCAAGAUCAUUUGAAAACCCAUGAUCUUCAAGAACGCUUAGACUCUGCACUCGAGUUCGCUGAGAGUAAUAAAUGCGGAUUCACGAUUGAUGGCCUUGGGGGCGUUGAUUUCGGGAUUGUAGGGGAAGAGCAAAAGCCUGUUGUCCGCCUCAGGAUCAUAAGGGAAAGUGAACCUCAACCCACUCAUAUUCGUCUUUCCAAGUGUCGUUUGCUUUCAUCAAGCAGGAACGACCAGCAUAGCGACAGGUUCUCAGUUGAGUUGGUCGGUUCUCCCUAUAUUUUUCCCGGACGUCCACGAAUUUUGCGUGUUACAUUUCAACCCUCAUACGCCGGUCGCUACGAGGAUAGGCUAGAACUCGUAUUUAUGAACCUGGCUACGAAAGCUCGUUUUGUCAUUCAUCGCCGACUCUUCGCUACAGUUGGAGACCAGAGUGACCAUGAGCAGCUCCAACCCACGGCCCCCUACACGCGACGGAAACGUGUUCCACUCAAUAUAGACGGACCCAUCCGGCGUGGUCUGAGGCCUCCAACUUGGACUAAGACAAGAUGGGUCAACGUACUUCCCAAUUUCGAUGUGCCUCGCCAGAUCACAGAUAUCUUGUACAAGCGCGGUGCUCAGUCCAGAAAAGACGUACUUGCGCUUCUCAAAGGGUUCUUGUCUCCUGAUCUCAAUUUAAGAACGUAUGGAUCACGUUUCCAGUUGUUACUACAUCUUGAAGAGGAACAGAUGAAACAGGAUCUUGAUGCUUAUGCCAUGGAGGGAGUUUCCCUCAGACCGAAGCAUCCACGUUAUGAACUCGAAGUUCAGGGUCUAGCAGAGAACAGACCUUCAGUUCUCGUAGGAGACUUCAUUCUUGUCCGCCAGGACCACGCUACGGAUAGAACUUGGUUUCAAGGGCGUGUCCACCAGGUUUACGAAAACUAUGUCAGCCUUCGCUUUGAUGAUAGUUUUAGCACCUAUCGCGGCAACUCUUUCGAAGUUCGUUUUGUUUUGAAUCGCCUUUCCUUGCGACGGAUGCAUGCCGCUCUCAUCAACAAAAACAACCCCGUUCGACUUCUGUUUCCUGGACCAGAACAUAUCAGAAAUCUGCGAAGAAUGUCUUCUGGGUUAAUCGAUAAAAUUUCACCCAUUAAUCGAGAUAUCGGAGGAGACCCAGAACAGUUGGAGGCGGUUGCUGCCAUCGUCAAUAUGCCUCCAGGAAGCCCUCCAUUCGUUAUAUUUGGCCCGCCUGGAACAGGCAAGACUGUCACGCUAGUUGAAUCUAUGCAUCAACUUCUUGCGAAUGACAAUACAACUCGUCUUCUUGUUUGUGCGCCAAACAACUCUGCUGCCGACCUUCUUACGCAGAAGCUUUCGACGCUUGGGCCCUCUGUAGUUCUACGGCUCAAUUCUCUGUCUAGGAAACUCUCCGAGCUACCCAAAUCUUUACAUCGUUUCGCCAUCAUCAACGACAAUGAAGUGUUUGCUAUGCCGACUGCACAGGAUAUCCGCAAAUAUCGUGUUGUAGUCUCGACGUGUAUAACUGCAGGAGUUCCUGCUAGCCUUGGGAUUGAGCGUGGAUACUAUAGUCACAUCUUCGUAGACGAAGCUGGUCAAGCCAUGGAGCCUACGGUGAUGGUGCCUUUGAAGGAGCUUGCCGAUGAUAAGACAAAUGUUGUGCUGGCCGGAGAUAACAAGCAGCUGGGCCCGAUUGUGCACUCUGGGCUGGCAUCGGUGCUGGGAUUGAAGACCAGUUACUUGGCGAGGAUCAUGGAUAGAGAGAUUUAUGACCUUGACGGUAAAUCGAGUGUUGGCGGCCGAGGUGUAACAAUCGUCAAGCUCGUCCGAAACUUCCGAUCUCAUCCCGCCAUCCUCGAGUUUUCCAACGAACACUUCUACAACAACGAAUUGCAAUACUGUGGUAACCCAAUACUCACUCGAAGUCUUCAAGACUCAAAUGAGCUCCCAAAGAAGAAAUUUCCAUUGAUUUUCCAUGGCAUAAUCGGAAAGGACCAACGAGAAGCAUCUUCUCCGUCUUUCUUCAAUAUCGAGGAAGCCUCGCAGGUGAAGAAAUAUUGUAUCAAUCUAAUAUCUGAUAGGAAGAAUGGCAUCCGUGCUGAACACAUUGCUGUCAUUACACCAUAUCACGCCCAGAGAAUAAAAAUUCUGAACCUUCUCAGCCGUGACCACACAACACGGGAGAUUAAAGUGGGCAGCGUAGAAGAAUUCCAAGGGCAGGAACGUCGAAUUGUAAUCAUUUCGACCGUGAGGAGUAACACCGACUUUAUUGGAGCUGACAUCAACCGGAUGUUGGGUUUCGUAGCGAGCCCGCAUCGUUUCAAUGUCGCGAUCACUCGAGCUCAAGCUUUGUUGAUUGUUAUCGGAAACCCUAUGGUGCUUUCUCUAGAUCCACUUUGGCGUGCUUUCCUCAAUUACGUCUAUCGAGGUGGGGGAUGGCGAGGAAAGACGAUUUCGUGGGACCCUGCAGGUGCAGUCGAUCCCUUCAGUGAACAGGGUUAUGACGGGGAGACGCGCCAAAGGGCAGCAGGAGAAGCUGAAGAGACUAUUGCUAGAUUAAAGGCGCUUAUAACCAGGAAGAAUGGAGAAAUUGAGGAUGGGUUCCAGUUUGAACUGGACGACAGCGACGAGGAGACAGGUCAUUUUGGAUUCGGUGAAGGAGCCGUGUUCAGGGAAGAAGAUUGA